UUGUGGGAAAUCCGCGCCGUGACCGACCCACCACCGAGCGACCGACCGACCGACCGAGCGCCCGUGCAGGGGGGGGGGAAGGAGGACAAACACUCCACGCAAACGUCUCCAAAACGUCCCCAACGCGCGUCCUGCCUUUACGCACGGGCCCUGCGAGCAUGUGGCACCGCUGUCAGCCCGAAGAAACUACCAGAUAAGAGGAAAAGUCACGGAGCGGGAGGAGGAAGAAGGACGGAGCUGGAGAAGAAGCAAAGCACCACCAGCACCACCACCACCACCAGCAGCAGCAGCAGCAGUAACCGCGCCGAGCAGCCGAGCGUCAGUGCGCACGGAGCUGUGGCGAUGUUCUAACGAAACAUGGACUGCAGGAUCAAGGAGAAUCCAGAGCGGACGUUCGAUCUGGUGGUGCAGGUGGCGUGUCCGGCGUCAGAGAAUGAAGAUCCGGCGGUGCUGUGGAGCUUCCCCCAGGACGUCCAAGACCAGGACGUUCUUCAGACCAUCCCAAAGUUCUGCUUCCCGUUUGACCUGGAGAGGGGGGCUCAGACUCAGGUGGGACAGAACUUCACGUUCGUUCUGACCGACAUCGACAGUAAACAGAGAUUUGGCUUCUGUCGACUCACACAAGGAUGUAGAGUGUGUGUGUGUCUGCUCAGUUACCUCCCCUGGUUUGAAAUCUUCUACAAGCUGCUGAACACACUGGCGGAUUACCUGACCAAACACCAGGAAAACGACCUGAACGACCUGCUGAAGUCUCUGUACGAGCUGCCCGUGCCCAAGCCCUACACCCCAGUCAACCUGAGCGUGAAUCAGGAGCUGUUCAUAUCCACCGGGAACGUUCCACAGCUCGGACCAAACCAGCUCCCGCACUCGUACUUCAUCGCUCCGGACAUCCACGGACUCCCCACCAUCCCAGAAAGUAGGAACCUGACAGAGUACUUUGUGGCGGUGGACGUCAACAACAUGCUCCAGCUCUACGCCUCGAUGCUCCACGAACGACGGAUCAUCAUUACCUCCAGCAAACUCAGCACUGUGAGUACCCCAGCUCGGGCCCGUCAGCUCCGGGCACCACCAGCCGUUUCGUCUGAACGCUCGCUGUCCUCGCCGUACGGACGGACCAUCGCGUUUCUACCCGCCACUGCGCGCGGAGAUAUUGUUAGCUACAUCGUUACCGCCAUCCAGCUGCCUUCCUCCUCCUCUGCCUGUCCAGUGUCGUCUCUCAAGGCCAAGCUGAAGAAGGCCUCCACGGCGACGGGCAGCGGCGUGUCCCGGGCCUUCCUCCGAGCUCAGGCUGCUCUGUUUGGGACGUACAGGGACGCGCUCCGAUACAAACCUGGGGAGCCGAUCACGUUCUGCGAGGAGAGCUUCGUGAACCAUCGCUCCAGCACCAUGAGGAGCUUCCUGUCGAUGGCCGUCAACCUGCAGCUUUUCAAACAGUUUAUCGACGGACGCUUGGCCAAAUUGAACGCAGGCCGAGGUUUCACGGACGUGUUUGAAGAGGAGAUCACCGAGGGGGGCUUCUGUGGCAGUAAUUCCAGACAUUACCAGCAGUGGAUGCACACGGUCAAGAGAGGAGGAGCUUUCAUCAACACCGCAGUGACCAAGGCCAAGAGUCACGCCAAGAGGGGCAUCCGGGACAUCAAGGGACGCCUCAAAGCCAGAGAGGAGGAGGACGAGGUUCUGGCCGUGUGCGGAGGGUCGCCCACCAGCACCAAGAGCCUGUCUCCACGGCGACUGCACAAGAUCAGACGGCAGCGUCUGAACAAGUCCCCGAUGAGCAUGGGUCCUCGAGAGCUCGGGUACGGCCUGGACGACGAUGACACGGCGAGCAAGAUCUCCUCCGAGGACAGUGCGGACGUGCGCUCCUACACAGAGGACAGUGAGGACUCUCUGUCUCUGGACCUGGACCUGGACUCCGCCAGCUCGGGGCAGAUGAACCUCCUGGAGGAGAUCCUGGACUCGCUGACCACCUCCUCCGUCGGCGAGCAAGGCAAACUGAGCGCCGCCAAGAGUCUGGACUUCUUCAGGUCGAUGGAGGAGCUGGACUACAAGGGACCUACGAAGCCGAAGACGUGCAGCGACUCCGGACCUUCAGACGGGACGGCGAACGAGGACGAGGGCGGGUGGAACACGGGGCAGGACGACAGCGCGGUCCACGGGAAGCACCUGCCCCCGUCCCCCCGCAGACAGCCCGCCAAGAGCAGCCUGAAGAGCUCCAAGAAGCCCCCCGGGUCCAACGCGAGCGCCGACGCCACACAGACCCCGCCCCCCAGUGCCCAGCCACGCUCCUCCCCCAAGAUCUCCGUCUCACGAGCCCAGGACUAUUCCAAAUCUCUACCCAGACCCCCUCCUCGCCACGACCACCCGCCCCCCGCCCGCCAGCCCCAGGACCGUUACUCCUUCUCCCCUGCGCUGCUCCAAAGAUCCACCCCCCCGUCCCCCGUCCCGUCCCCCCCGACCCCGGGAGGACGAACCAGGACUACGUCAGACCCCCAACCCGACGCGGACGCCCCGGACGCCGCUCCCCUUCAACCCGGCUCCACCGGCGCGCUGCGGCGCAAGGUCCUGUCCAAAGAAACCGCCCGCAACUACCAGGAGAGGGCGCUCCACAGCCAGGGCAGUACAGAAGGGAGCCCGGUUCGGAACUCCGCCAUGCAGGUGCCCUGGGACAAGAACCAGGGCGGGAAAGAGGGUCUGCUGGGGCUGGGGGCGUGUCUAGGGGUGACGGGUGAGGCCGGGGCGCAGGUUCAGGGACUUCUGGAGGAGAUCGGGUGCUGCCUCGGGUCGGAAACGCGGGACGGACUCAAUAAUUGUAAUAGUCAUCAACAGGUCAACAACAAAACGGAAAAGUGA